AUGGGCGGUAAAGGACAAGUAGAUGAGAAAUUCUUUGAAGAGUUCUGGAGGAAAGAAAUUGGUUAUACCUGGACAAAAAUCAGCGACAUCUCAGAGACCAUUUAUGUUUUAAUCGAUUCGAUACAGACCAUCUAUGGUAACAAUGCUCUAUACUUUUGGAGUAAAUUGAAGGCACUUAUGUCAAGCGAGUGCUAUAAAGAUAUUCAUAUACUUCUUCUCGGCACAUACGAUCCAACACUUGCAUAUGAAGCGACACCGCUGAAAUUUAGUGAUAAUGAUACUCUUAGCUUGAAAAUCCUACUUCUCACAAGGAGAGAAUUCAAGUCUCUUGUAGAUAAGUAUGUUCAGAUACGUGUUUUGAGGGGUAGCUCAAUGUUCAAUAUUCCUGAGGCUAUUGAGGAUGCGAUCUUUCGUCUUACUAAUGGGCAUCCUGGUUUGUGUCGAUUCAUUUUGGAUUCGCUACACACUCGUUUUAAAGAUGGAGCUUCAACAGUGGAAAUGAUGCGAUACAUUGCAUCACCAAGUCUAGGAAAUAAUAUAACAUCAGGUUCGCGUGCUUUUUAUUGGAUCGACAAAUGGAAUCCAACCCCAGAAGAAGCCGAAUUUAUUCGCAAUAAGCUACUUAUCAAUCGAGUUGGAAGUUCCUUUCCUGUUAAUUAUGAAUCAGAUGCUAUUGCCAAGAGUUUUGUUAGGAUAGGUCUCUUCGCGAUGGAUUCCGGAAAAAUACAAUUUACUGCCCCUAUAAUGCGAAUUGUUCUAAGCUAUCACCUGUUCACCUCUUCUGGUUUAAAAUCAUAUACGACAAACUUUGAUGAGUUUUUACUUCGGGCCAUUGAGCGCAUGAGACCAUCUAGGUUAUAUAGAUCGCUUGGAAGAGGUCGGUCUGAAUCUGAUUCACGUUUAUUUGAGAGAAGUUGGCAAAUGGAAUGGUAUCAUUCUGCUACAAGUGUGGUCCCAGCGGAUACUUUAAUAAGUGCUGAUGUUGGUCCUGUGUUUGGCUCGGCUGGUUUUCUGGAUUUUUAUAUUAAUGGAGAGGUUUGCUGGGGAAUUGAACUGACCCGUGAGGGUGAACGUUUGAAGGAACACGCAGAACGAUUUGAAGAAGAUGGCGAGUAUGCCGAAAUUCCAUUAAAAAAAUGGGCUAUUAUUGACUUCCGACACCACACAAAACAAGUAAGGGAAUUAAGACCAAACUUCUGGUAUGUGCUCUACGCGGAUAACUACGAACAAGUUAUUAUAAAACGUCAAGGGCAUGAAGAUAAAUUACUUACCUUGCAGGGCGAUAAUAUAACUUUUGGGUAG